ACGAGAAGACACACUAUAUAACAACAAUGGUUGUGCCAAGAAGCAUUAGUGGUGAAGAUACACUACAACUCCAAAAAUAGAGUUUGUGAGCUUUCAGUCAGGUUUCUUUUACACUCGUUUCUUGAAAUUAGAUUCUUGUACUCAAAGAAACCUUAAAACUAUUUACCUUUUCUCUUUCCGGACUACAAAGUUAGAUUUAUCAAAACUUAGAGCUCGGAAUCAAUGGAGAUCAAAGCUGAAACGAUGCAAAAGUCAAAGUUCAAAAGAAUCUGUGUCUUCUGUGGAAGCAGCCAAGGCAAGAAGAGUAGUUACCAAGAUGCUGCUGUUGAUCUCGGCAACGAACUGGUUUCAAGGAAUAUUGAUCUAGUCUAUGGAGGUGGGAGCAUAGGAUUGAUGGGUUUGGUUUCACAAGCUGUUCAUGAUGGUGGUCGUCAUGUUAUUGGAGUCAUUCCCAAGACCCUCAUGCCCAAAGAGUUAACUGGUGAAACAGUAGGAGAAGUAAGAGCAGUUACAGGUAUGCACCAAAGGAAAGCUGAGAUGGCUAAGCACUCCGAUGCUUUUAUUGCGUUGCCAGGUGGCUAUGGAACCCUUGAAGAAUUGCUUGAGGUCAUAACUUGGGCUCAGCUUGGAAUACAUGAAAAGCCGGUGGGUUUGCUCAAUGUUGAUGGAUACUACAACUCUCUGCUCUCAUUCAUCGAUAAAGCCGUGGAAGAAGGAUUCAUCAGUCCUACUGCUCGUGAGAUCAUCGUCUCUGCUCCUAAUGCUAAAGAGCUUGUGAAGAAACUAGAGGAAUACGCACCUUGCCAUGAAAGUGUUACGUCUAAGCUUUGCUGGGAGAUGUGACGGAUUAGAGAAUGAUCAAGAUCAAGAACUAAUAUAUCUAUUAUAAAUAUUUAUAUAUAGAUAUGAAAAAAUGUCUAGAAGAUUUUCAUGGUUUUGAUCUUACUAAAAAAGGAAUAGAUUCUGUUUAGUUGGGGUAAAGUUUAUGUAAAUUAUUAGUACUAGUACUAAAGUCUUUUAACUCCAAACUAUAAUGUCUUGACCUGUUUAAAGUUGAA